AUGCUAUUGACAAAGAACCUCCUCAUCGCAGCCUGCUGCCUAUCAACAUCCACUCAAGCCCUGACAUGGUCAUCACCCAUCACAGAGUCUUCAUUUGGAGAAAUGCUCCCUGAAACUGCAUCCACGAUAAAAGACUACGUGAUGCAAUGGGCCGAAUCGUUGGCUGACACGAUCGAUAAGCUUUCCAACGAAAAUACCUGCAGCUCCAUUAUUACUGGAACUGAGGAGGGCAUGAAAUGGACUUGGCAGUCUGGUCGGGAAUGCGACGCUGAACGACACCGCGAAAUGCUCACCGGUGCUGUCAAGGAAUUCUUGUCUAAACACGAGAAUUUGGCGAACUGCGAAGAUUGCGAGACCCAGUGUCUAAAGAUGGAUUAUGGCGGUUCUUUGGAGGGAUGGGUGAAGUUAGGACCCAUUGAUGGGUUUGAUGAGGAGUUUUACUGUGGUCCGUUGUGCAAGCUUGAAUCGAUUACCGAGAGUAUCGAGGAUGGCCAAGAAGGUUUGGCUGAGCAGAAAGUUCUCUGA